AGUGAAAUAUGGCUCUAAAUAUAAUAGGCUCUACUUCGUGGUUUACAGUCUUGCUGAUUCCGGCUCAGAAAGAAACUAAACAUGGCUCAGGAGGAAUGCAAAAUGAUUAGUGACAAACUGUUAAAGUACAAAGGAACUGUGUUGACUGUGAAUGACAACCAAGACACUACUCCAGAAUAUAUUGACAGUUUACAGGAUUUUGAAACAAGGGAUGACGAUGUCUUUGUUGUUACCUUCCCCAAAUCCGGUACAGUAUGGACUCAACGGAUCAUGACUUUAAUAUACGAGGAGGAUUUCCCGGAGAAAGCCAAACAAAUCACAUAUGAGCAAAUGCCCUGGAUUGAGUAUCGGGAUAAAGGGAAAGAUUUUGACACACGUCCAUCUCCGAGACUCUUUUGUUCACAUUUACUGGAGCCGCUGAUGCCCAGAGCUCUCAAGAGAAAAGGAAAAGUCAUCUACGUCAUGAGGAACCCCAAAGACGUCAUGGUGUCGUAUUUUCAUUUUUCCAACAAAUUGGACAACCUGGAUUCUUCUGAGAGCUACGAUGAGAUGUUAAAGAAAUUCUUUACAGGAUGCAUGGUGGGAGGCUGCUGGUUUGACCAUGUUAAAGGAUGGGUGACAAAUAAAGACAAAUACAACAUCCUGAUCCUGACUUAUGAAGAGAUGAUCAAAGACCUCAGAUCCAUCAUUGUGAAAAUCUGUGAGUUUGUUGGCAAGAAUCUGUCAGACGCAGCCAUCGAUAAAGUGGUGGAAAAGACAACAUUCAACCAAAUGAAAAGAGACCCUGUGGCCAACUAUGAGUCUCUUUCUAUGGCGAUCACAGACCAGCCGAAAGGAGCUUUUUUGCGCAAAGGAACAGUUGGAGACUGGAAGAACUCUUUAACUGUGGCUCAGAGUGAAUGUGUUGAUCGUGUCCUUGAAGACAGAAUGAAAGACUUGCCUCUUAACCUGGUCUGGGACAUCACAGAACUGCGUAGCUGAAAACACAAAUUGUGACUUUUAUUUUGAAAUUAAUAAAGAUAUACAACUUUUUCUUCUUUAAAA